CUUCAUGCUACCACACAUAAACAAGAUAGAAAUAACAGCAAAUUUAUAUAUUACUAUAAAUACUGGAUACUGGACAUUAACUUUAACAACUGCUAAGCGUCUCUUUAGAUAGAUAUCUGCUAGCUUGUUAUGCUACAUUGCUUGUUUUGGAUAUUGGGGUGGGAAAAGCACACCGACUAGCAUAACCGUAGGUUAGGCAGCUAAUGGCAGCUAGCUAACCUAGCUAAAUACAGUUUCGGUAGCUAAGCCAAGGUGAUGAGGUGUCGGUAACUUUUAUUGCUGGCUUACAAAGUGAAUAUUUUAAGAGCCGUGAAGCAGUGGGGGCGAAAAGUUUUGGACUGCUUUUGUGUCGUGACGCGCGCAAAUUCCAAAAUAUUUAUAGCUAGCCAUAUAGAGUUUGUAAUUCUCUCCUGUUAGUUAGCCAGUCGAAGUUUAGUUCUCCUUGAUCGGUUUAACCCACCCACACGGACCACAGGGGCCGAUGUGGACAGUCCAGUCCCGGCUACGGCAUUGCGAGGAGCCGGCGCAGGCAUGCAGCCGCAGCAAGGCUAUGAUUUCUCCAGCGAAGAGAACAGUCCCAAAUGGCGAGGCCUCUUCGUGCAGGCGCUGCGAAAGGUGCAGCUGCAGGUGCAUCCAAACCUGUCUGCUAAAGAGGAUGCACUGCAACAUAUAGAGGAGCUCAUUCUGCAGCUACUCAACAUGCUGUGCAUUAGCCAGCCCCGAACUGUGCCUGAUGUUGAGGAGCGCAUCCAGAAGACGUUCCCGUACCCCAUUGAUAAAUGGGCAAUGUCUGAUGCUCAGUCAGCCAUAGAGAAACGCAAACGCAGGAACCCUCUACUGCUCCCUGUGGACAAGAUCCACCCUUUACUAAAGGAGGUUUUGGGGUAUAAGAUCGACUACCACGUCUCUCUUUACAUCGUCGCAGUGCUCGAGUACAUAUCAGCUGACAUCCUCAAACUAGCAGGAAACUAUGUGGGCAACAUUCGGCACUAUGAAAUAAGCCAGCAGGACAUUAAAGUCUCCAUGUGUGCAGACAAGGUGCUGAUGGACAUGUUUGACCAGGAGGAGUUGGGGUUGAUUUCGCAGGGCCCAGAGGAAGUCUCCUCAACAGGUGAGCUCACCUAUGAUGACCUGGUGCGUCUGGAGAUUGCAGAGGAGCGACAGUACCUGCGUGAGCUCGACCUCAUCAUCAAAGUGUUCCGCAAGGCCUUCCUGUCCAACCCCAAGCUCUUCACCCCCCAGGAUGUGGAGAUGGUGUUCAGUAAUAUUCUGGAGGUUCAUGAGCUGACAGUGAAGCUCUUGGGGCUGAUAGAAGAUGCAGUGGAGAUGACCGCAGAUGGGAGUCCUCACCCUCUGGUCGGCAGCUGCUUCGAAGACCUUGCAGAGGAGCAGGCUUUUGACCCAUAUGAGACCCUCUCACAGGACAUACUCUCCAAAGAGUACCACGACCACUUCAACAACCUCAUGUCUCGCCCCACUGUGGCACUGCACUUUCAGUCGAUUGCUGAGGGUUUUAAAGAGGCUGUUCAGUAUGUUCUCCCUCAGCUGAUGAUGGUCCCUGUCUACCACUGCAUGCACUACUUUGAACUGCUGCAGCAACUGCAGGAGCGGAGUGAGGACCAAGAUGAUAGAGAGUGCUUAAAACAAGCUCAGACAGCCCUACUCAUCCUACAGAGUAGCAUCGAGCGCAUCUACAGUAAACAUCAGCCACGCCGCAAACCUGGAGAGCCCCUGUAUCGUCUAUACAGCCGGCCUGUGCGCAGCAAGCAGCUGGCCAUCAAGCGAAUGAGCGACAUCCAGAGAAGCAUCGAUGGCUGGGAGGGCCGAGACAUUGGCCAGUGCUGCAGCCAGUUCAUCCUGGAGGGCCCGCUGCUGCGUGCCGGCGCCAAACAUGAGCGCCACAACUUCCUCUUCGAUGGCCUAAUGGUUAGUUGCAAGGCCAGCCAGAGCUCUCGGCUGCCAGGCGCCGGCAGCGGAGCUGACUUCCGCCUGAAGGAGAAGUUCGUGCUGCGCAAGCACCGUGUGGUUGACCGGGAGGAUGCCGGCGAACUGCGCUGUGCCUUCGAGCUGCUGGCGGGCCGCGAUGAGCCUGGCGCCAUCUUCUGCUCCCGCUCGCCUGAAGAGAAAGCAGCCUGGAUGGCGGCGCUGGUGGCGCUGCAGUGCCGUCCCACGCUGGAGCGCAUGCUCGACACAGAGCUGCAGCGCGAGGAGCAGGCCCAGCCGUUGCGCUUGCCCGCACCCCACCUCUACCGCUUCACUGUGCGCGACGCCGAGGAUAACAUCGUAUUCGAGGAACACACACAGAGCAAGACGGGCAUCCCCAUCAUCCGGGCGGGCACCGUGGACAAGCUGAUUGAGCGACUCACCUACCACAUGUAUGCAGACCCAAACUUUGUACGCACUUUCUUGACAACAUAUCGAUCCUUCUGUAAACCACAGGACCUCCUCACUCUACUCAUUGAACGGAUUGAGAUACCAGAGCCUGAGCAGUCUGAGGCAGACCUGCAGGCAUUAUGGAACGGGGAUCAGCCAAUGGCAGCUGAACUCCAGAGAUUCCGCAGAGAAUAUGUGCAACCUGUUCAGCUCAGGGUUCUGAAUGUAUUCCGUCAGUGGGUGGAGCAUCAUUUCUAUGACUUUGAGAAUGAUCCAGAAUUACGCUGUAGGCUAGAGGAGUACAUCACCAACACCCUACAGCUCAGAGGCAAGUCCAUGCGGAAGUGGGUGGAAUCCAUUAACAAGAUAAUCAAGCGUAAGAUGCAGACUCAACAUAAUGGAGUGAGCCACAACAUAACCUUCGAGAGUCCCCCACCCCCCAUUGAAUGGCACAUCAGUCGGCCAGGUCAGGUCGACACCUUUGACCUGAUGACACUUCACCCAAUUGAGAUUGCUCGCCAGCUCACCCUGCUGGAAUCUGACCUCUACAGGGCUGUUCGUCCGUCUGAACUUGUCGGCAGCGUGUGGACUAAAGAAGAUAAGGAGAAGAACUCUCCCAACUUGCUGAGGAUGAUCAGACACACCACCAACCUCACACUGUGGUUCGAGAAGUGUAUAGUGGAGGCUGAGAAUCUUGAUGAGCGAGUGGCUGUGUUCACACGUAUUAUUGAGAUCCUACAGCUAUUCCAGGAGCUGAACAACUUUAAUGGUGUUCUGGAAAUUGUUAGUGCAAUCAACUCGGUGCCUGUGUACCGUCUGGACCACACCUUUGAGGCUGUUCCUGAGAGAAAGAGAAAGAUUCUGGAAGAAGCAGUUGAACUCAGUCAGGAUCACUUCAAAAAAUACCUUGCCAAGCUCAAAUCCAUCAACCCACCCUGUGUGCCUUUCUUUGGUAUCUACCUGACAAACAUCCUGAAGACUGAGGAGGGGAACCCAGACUUCCUGAAGCGUCAUGGAAAAGAGCUGAUCAACUUCAGCAAGAGGCGGAAAGUGGCAGAGAUCACUGGGGAGAUUCAGCAGUACCAGAACCAGCCGUACUGCCUGCGGGUAGAAUACGACAUGAAGAGGUUUUUUGAGAAUCUGAACCCAAUGGGGAGUAUGAGUGAGAAGGAAUUUUCUGACUACCUAUUCAACAAGUCUCAGGAGAUUGAGCCACGCAACUGCAAACAACCUCCACGAUUUCCCAGGAAGACAACAUACAGUCUGAAGUCGCCAGGGAUUCGUCCUGUGCGGCAGGCAUCAGGGAGUGGUGGAACCAUGCGAGGCCACCCUGUCCCCCUGGAGAGGGAACCGCCCCACAAAAUCACCUUUAGGAGCAUUGCUGAGACGGAGGUGGAGAGCACGAUGUCCCUGCCCACCUCCCCAAACACGCCCACACCCCCUCAGUCUGCCAGCUCCGACCUCUCCUCUGUCUUUAUGGAGCAGGACCUCGCCAGCUCCUACGGUAACAACAGUAUAUUUGCUCCUGUACUGCUUCACCCUUCCAAGUUCCACUCUGUGUCAUGUGGCAGUCUGCAUCAGCUUGGAGACGAACCUGUCAAGCCUCCACCAUUACCCCCACGCAGGAAAGACACAUCCUCAGAGAUCAAGUUGAGCUCCAGGUCUGACAGCCCUCCUGCCAUCCCGCCCCGGUUACCGCCUCCCCUCCCUCGCCUGCAGCCACGGGUCGCCAUGUCAACGGACAGCCCGCUGCCAAGCCCUCCCCCGCCUCCGCCCCGCGACCCCAUCCCGGACACGUUGCCCCCUGUGCCACAGAGGCCACAGGAGAGCUUCAUCAACUACCCACUCAGCUCUGCCGCCUCGCCUGUCGGCCGCAUCCAGUGGGAUUUCGGCAGCUCACCCACGUCGCCCUGCACGCCGCCGGGCACGCCCUCACCACGCAUCCCGCCCCCACCGGGUACGCCAUCGCCCCGUGUGCCCCGUCGCUCCUGCCCCUUCAGUGCCAGCCAGACCAGCCUGUGCCACCUGUCCCUCCCCAGCGUGGCUCCGCCCAUACCACCACGACACAACUCCACACCCACCCUUCCCAAGCUUCCCCCAAAGACUUACAAGAGAGAGCUCUCACAUGUUGUACACACACUCUCUCACCCCGCACAUACACUUCCACUGGUGGAUAACACAGACAGCAGUCAGUAAGAUGAGGUUAUUGACCAGUCAUGUACUGGAAGUGGGUGUGUGUGGGUGUGUCCAUGCCAUGCGUGUGAGAGAAAGAGAGUUAAUUGUGAAAUGGAACUAAAACAACUGAUUUUAUAACACUUCACCUCUUAACCAACCAAACUGAUUUUUUUUAAGAACAGACAAACCUUGAUGAAGAGUUUAGGGAUAAAGAUCUUUGCCACUGGUGGAUUACUGUUAGGCCCAGUAAGACCCAACAGUGACAACACACUGCUGUUGCAGCUGAUGAGCAGUGAGAUGCACUGGGAUUGGGACUUGGUGACUGGAUAGACACUGGAGAUCUGCCCUUCACACAGAUAUUAAGGAUGCUCCUUAAGGCCUCAAAUCUGCGUGCACUCUCUACAGCAAAGCUCGGCUCAUCCUGAUGGUAGUCUGCAGGGACAGAACCACAGCACUAUGGCCAAAGUCUACAGAGUCUACAACUGUCUACAGAGAGGAUAGUUCUAAGUUGAUUGACUCCUCUACAGUUCAGAGUGUGUGGUAGGACUGUGUCACAGUGAUCACAGCUUGCCUCUCUUAAGAUGCCUUUUACUUACAGCCAUGACCUCUGACCUGAGACUGUAGUGUUCAGAUGAACUUGACCUUUCAUUCAGAGGAAACCGACUGGCUCUAAACAUCUGAUGCCUGAACAUUUUAUUUAAAGCCAUUUAAAGCCAAGAUGAUGUCUUAACUCCCAUGAACACAAAGAUAUUCUCAGCUUUCAAACACUGUUUCCCAUGAAUCACUAGUAAUUUCACCUCUUCAAUAUGAGCCAGUAGAUCUUCUCAGUGAUUAGCUGUUCUGAAUACCAGAAAGCUGGAAGAGGAAGAAUUUGAUUUCAUGGAUUAAUAAUAAUAAUGAUGAUGAUGAUGAUGAUGAUUUUCAGCCCCAGUCUCAGAGUGCCUUUUUAUUUCACUCACGCUAUUACUAACCAAACCAAAAGGCUUGAAAAAUGUAAGAAUUAUUUGCCUUCAUGAUGCUUAGAACAAAGAUGUACACUACAUGUGUGUGCACGCAAACGUUUUUAGUGUUCUGUACAGUGUCUUUUCUGCUGUCCUGUUACAGUCCCUUCACUGUCUCUACUCAGCACUACACCAACCUGCAAUGGAGAAGACAGCAGCUACUUCAUAGUAACUGACUUAGUGAACAUCCUGUAAGCCUCAGUCCACUGCAGUCUCCUCUAGCAGUCUGUAUCACACACUUCUUUCUGCCUGUUACAGAGACACUCAUGGGCUUGUGUGUGUGUGUGUGUGUGUGUGUGUGUGUGUGUGUGUGUGUGUGUGUGUGUGUG